CCCGUUCUUUGGGCCGCUGCAGCUCCUCCCUUCCCCCCCCCGGACCGGUCAGUUGGGGCCUCCCCUUGCUGUUUGCGGACGCCCAAGCAUGUCGGACAAGCUGCCCUACAAAGUCGCUGACAUCGGGUUGGCCGAAUGGGGCCGCAAGGCGCUGGACGUGGCCGAGAACGAGAUGCCGGGCCUGAUGAAGAUGCGCGAGAUGUACGGGGCCUCCAGACCGCUCAAGGGGGCCCGCAUCGCCGGCUGCCUCCACAUGACCGUGCAGACGGCCGUCCUCAUGGAGACCCUGGUGGCCCUGGGCGCCGAGGUGCAGUGGUCCAGCUGCAAUAUCUUCUCCACGCAGGACCACGCCGCAGCCGCCAUGGCCAAGGCCGGCAUUCCCGUGUACGCCUGGAAGGGGGAGACGGACGAGGAGUACCUGUGGUGCAUCGAACAGACCCUGUACUUCCAGGACGGUCGCCCCCUCAACAUGAUCCUGGACGACGGCGGAGACCUCACUAACCUCGUCCACACCAAGUACCCCCAGCUCCUCAAGGGCAUCAGAGGUAUCUCCGAGGAGACCACCACCGGCGUCCACAACCUGUACAAGAUGAAAGCCAACGGCGUCCUGAAGGUGCCGGCCAUCAACGUCAACGACUCCGUGACCAAGAGCAAAUUCGACAACCUCUACGGCUGCCGCGAGAGCCUCAUCGACGGCAUCAAGCGCGCCACCGACGUGAUGAUCGCCGGCAAGGUGGCCGUGGUGGCCGGCUACGGCGACGUGGGCAAGGGCUGCGCCCAGGCCCUGCGCGGCUUCGGGGCCCGGGUCAUCAUCACCGAGAUCGACCCCAUCAACGCCCUCCAGGCCACCAUGGAGGGUUACGAGGUCACCACGAUGGACGAGGCCUGCAAAGAAGGGGGCAUCUUUGUCACCACCACCGGCUGCACCGACAUCAUCCUGGGCAGGCACUUCGAGCAGAUGAAGGACGACGCCAUCGUGUGCAACAUCGGCCACUUCGACGUGGAGCUCGACGUCAAGUGGCUGAACGACAACGCGGCCGAGAAAGUCAACAUUAAGCCUCAGGUGGACCGCUACCAGCUGAAGAACGGGCGCCACAUCAUCCUGCUGGCCGAGGGCCGGCUGGUCAACCUCGGCUGCGCCAUGGGCCACCCCAGCUUCGUCAUGAGCAACUCCUUCACCAACCAGGUCCUGGCCCAGAUCGAGCUGUGGACCCACACGGACAAGUACCCCGUGGGCGUGCACUUCCUGCCCAAGAAGCUGGACGAAGCCGUGGCCGCGGCCCACCUGAGCAAGCUGGGCGUGAAGCUGACGGAGCUGACCGACAAGCAGGCCAAGUACCUGGGCCUGCCCCGGGAAGGCCCCUUCAAACCGGACCACUACCGCUACUGAGGAGCCCGGCCCCAGCCCCCUUGCUCUCCCUCCCCGAAGCCCCCUCAGAGAAUAAAUCUAAAUCUGCGUUGCUCUCCCCA